GCGCGAGCGGGAAUGCGUCUCUGAAUACGGAGAACGCCAUCAGGGUCCUUCAGGGAGCCUGCGGGCCAGUCGAGCGGGCACGGCGCCACAUCGCGAAUGUCGCGAAAAGAAUGGUCCUUGGCGCCGGAGGAGGCGGUGAUGACUCUAAGAACACUAUGAGGUCUAUCUAUAACUGUGUAAGUAUGUGUGCACGACUCUAACACUAUGAGGUCUAUUUAACUGUGUAUGUGUGCACGACUCUAACACUAGGAACAGGUCUAUCUAACUGUGUAUGUGUGCCGAUUAUCUCAAUCCGCACCGCGCUGUAAAUUCCUUACCAUGAGUUACCUAGUGCGUUGUCCUUAUACUUGUCAAAAUCAGUAGGAGCACGUCGAGGUAAACGAAACUGUUUUUAAUUAUCUAGAUAUAGUUAAGAAGAACAUGACGAAUAUUCAGGUCAAAUAUUAGCUCUAAUUUUUCUCCAGGGCAACAGGGAAUCGGCAAGAAAACAGGCGCUUCAUCGAGCG